AUGUAUGCUGAUCGAGAAGAGGCUGGAAGGAAGACGUCAAUAAAGGAGCGUCUUAAUGGCUCAUCCGUGGUUGAUUCUGGUAGCCGGAGACUUAUCACCGGAAAGAGGGAGAGGCAAGAUGACGACAAAUGGGAACAUGAUCUUUACGAGUACGAUGAACCUCAAGUUUCAAAUCGCAGAGUUGGCUCUAAAGAUCUUCGUUUGAAGCUCCAGAAGAAGAAUAUGGAGCAAGCAACUCCAAAAGUGAGAGGAUCUCUUUCAGGAGGUAAAAGGGAUCUGCGUGAAAAGCUUUCUGGGACAGUGUAUUCACCGCCAGGAGACACUGAUCUUCCAAAGCCAAAACCAGUGCUCGAGGGUAAUAAAUCUGCUAGGAAUAGUGUCAUAGUUGGAGCCCUUGUGUCAGAAGUGAAAAAAGUGGCCAGCCUAGUUUCUAAAAAGAAGACUCAGCAAAAGGCUGAAUCGGUGGAUGGUUUCCUGCAGUCCCUUGGUCUGGAGAAAUAUUCAAUCACAUUUCAAGCAGAGGAAGUUGAUAUGACCACUCUCAUCCACAUGACUGAUGAUGAUCUUAAGGCUAUGGGAGUACCAAUGGAGGCCUCUUUGACAUUGGCCUUACUGGGGCCCUUGAGUGACCUUUGUUCGAAGAUGAAACAGAGAGACAUGAUCUUGUCCAUGAUGGGAGUUGCAUCUCAAGUUCCUUGA